AUGCAGAGACUUCUCGCGCUGGUAGGCUUCGCUGUGACCGUAUCGACGCUUCUCUAUAUGCAGCAAGAGCCCGACCCCCCCGCGCGCGUGGCCGAGCUCAUCAGUGGCAUGCCCUCGAAGAACGAGUCGCGCUGUGACGUUGCGAAUCUGGACACGCUGCGCCACGCGGCGAUCGUCUACACGUGGGUGAACGGCACUGAGACGUGCUACAACACGCGUCGCGAGCGCGCUGGACUGCCCCCUGGCGGCUCGUCCCGGGACAAGGAGAUGGGCGAGCUCAAGUACUCGCUGCGGUCGCUGCUGAAGUUUGCUCCGUGGCUUGAAGGACCCAUUUACAUUGUCACGCCCGGUCAGAUCCCAGACUGGCUGGAUCGGUCGCACCCGCGCGUGCGGGUCGUGGACCAGGACGAUCUCUUGCCCAGGGACAAGACGGCGCUGCCGACGUUCGACACGAACGUGAUUGAGCAGUACUUGUACAAGAUACCGGGCCUCACGGACGUGUUCAUUCACAUGAACGACGACUACUUGUUCAUUAAGCCCGUGACGCCCGACCGGCUGUUCUCGUGCGACGGCGGGCUGCGUGUUUUGACCGAGAUCAACCACAUUCGCCACGUGGCGGCGCAAAACUCGAAUUUGUGGCUCGCCAGUGUGCGCAACACUGUGGUGCUCACGGACAAGACGUACGGUGGCCAGCACGUGUACAACUUUCUGAAGCACGCGCCGUUUGUCUACAGUCGUCGCGCGUUCGAGAACAUCCAUGCGAAGUUUGGCAAGGAGCUCGAUGCGAUGCUGUCGCAUCAGACGCGACACGCACAGGACCUGAACAUGCCACUGCUGCACCAGAUUUACAUGCUGGAAGAGGGAUCCAAGCUGCUGGGUAUUCCAGUGGAGCUGAACCCGCUGAGUGAGUGCGACGACUGGCUGCUAGUGCGUCUGAAAGACAAGCAGGAAGAGUCGCUGAAUGCGCGGUUCCAAAACGCGCUCGAGAACAAGGGCCCGGAGAUCAUGCUGGCGCUGAACGAUGAGUACAAAAGCCCGGAGACAGCGAAGCUCGUUAGUCGAUUCUACGCCCAGCUGCUGCCGGAAAAAGGCAUCUGGGAACUGCCCGAAGGUCAGCACGUGAGCGUGGUGAGCAACUGGCACGGCGACGACUGCGUGUACGACCGGGACAUCAUCCCACUACCCGAUUCCGACGUUGCGCCAUUGUCGGGAGAGGACAAAGCUGCGAACUGGGUGCCGGCGCUGUCCCGGAUCCGCUCGCCUUACGCGCGCGCCUUUGAAGGUCUGACACCGUCAUUCGGAUGGUACUUGGCCUCGAGCGUCGGCUACGUUAUCGGCCUGGUCGUUGCGGCCGUGAUUUCCGUAUACGUCUUCCGGUUUUCGAGCAAACGUGCUGCUCCAGGGUCACACGCCGCGAAGCACACCUGA